AUGGUUUGUACCAUUGGGCAUGGAACAAUUUACAAAGACGGAAAGCCUGUUUUUGAAGGUCAUUUCGAAAAUGGUAAGAAAUGUGGAGAAGGCUGUGAAUUUGAUGACAACGGAUUAUUUAUAAAAAGAGAAUACAAAAAUGAUCAGAUUACUGGCAGUUCUUCUGAAGACCAGGAGUAUAGAAGAAGUAUCAAUAAGUUAAAGAAAUCCUUUGAAAAGAAAAAUCCAAAGUUGCAUAUUGCAGAUAUCACUUAUUGCGACUUUAUAGUUCAAAGAAAGAGAGAUCCAAGAUUCCAGGAAUCUCCUAUGGUCUUCUAUGGAUAUGUAACAAAAGAAGGAGCACAUCGAGUGAUCGGAAAGGAAUUCAAGGUUACUGGAUAUGAUCAUUUUGAAGGUAUUUAUGAUGAGCAAGGUAGAUAUUAUUAUGGAACGUUGUGGUGUGAUUCCAAUGUUCGUUUUGAGGGAUCAUUUAAAAAUGGAAGAAUGAAGCACGGAAAGAUCUAUAUAACGAAGGUUUUGCUGUAUGAAGGAGAUGUUAGCGAGGAUGGUCAGAUGCAUGGACAAGGUCAUUUGUAUUAUACCAGUAAAAUGAAUUCUACUCCUUUUGUGCAAUAUGAGGGCUCGUUCCAAAACGGAAAACCGGAAGGAUUUGGGAAGGUGUAUUACAACACAGAGAACGAAGAAGAAAAGAGAAUCAAGUACUGCGGGUAUUUUAAGAAUGGCUUGUUUGAUGGAGAUGGGAUUUACUUCUCCAGAGACUUGAGUUAUUGUUGUGGAACGAGCUACGAAUGGAACAAAGCGGAGGCCAAGACAUUUGGGACGAGAAGCGACAAGAAUGAAGUUGCAGAUAUUAUGAAAGCAUGUAGUACUAUGAGCCAAGCUGAAUUCGAUUCUCUUUCACACAAGUAUAGAACUGCUGGUACAAAUCCUGAAGGAGGUUGGAAAGAAGGAGAACUUGAUGGACUAGUCAGAAUUACCUCGAAAGAACAUUCUUCUUAUUUGGUAAAGAUGGUUGAUCGCAAGCCGACAUUUGUAUGGGAUAUGAUGAUAGAUAAUAAGAAAUAUACUGGAGAAGUGAUAACCGAUGAUAAAGGUGAUAUUUCUUUAUUAUAUUUCAAAGUUACUUUUACAAGAUACGAUGUCGUAUUUGAUGGAUGGAAAUACUCCGAUAUAAUGCGAGAUAAAAGAGGUCAAUUAUCAGGCUCCAUCUAUUAUAAUAAGAGAAUGUUGUAUUGUGGAACGAUCAAGAAUUUUGAACCGAAUGGAGAAGGACAAUUAUUCGAAGGAAAAGGUCAAAAAAUCGACAAAUUGGGACUGGAAGAAACCUGA